UUAUAGCAGCCCCAGGAAAUGAGCACCAAUGAGAAGAUCAGGAUUCUACAAAUGGCUGGGCCAAGACCCAGCUAGCCCUGAGCUGCUGCAGUACCUCUGGGGCUAGACACAGCCUCUCACUCGCCUCAGGAGGGCCCCACCCUUCCCCAGUGAGUGCACAGUCCUAGCAGGCUCGAUGCCACAGGGUCCACAUUCCCUGUGCUAAGCCCCCAAGUUUUCACCCAGUUGCCUAUACUUCAUUUGUUAAGUCAGAAAGGCAGGGUGGUUUGAGGGUCCUGGGCUGUAGAGCAGCCAAGGUAGUCUGGAUGUCACCAGGUUGCAUUUGCAACAAGCAACCCAGUGUCGGCUUUGAUCUCUGGCACCAAGGUGACCUCAAUCAAGGCCCCCAGACUAGCCUUCUAGCACACACCCAUUGCCCAUCCCUGGUGGGGAGCACACAGAAUGGGCAAAGGACACUAUCUGACAUUUUAUAAUCACGUGCAAACAUGAUUAUCAGGGUGUUUUUAUAGCAGCCUGUGUCUGUUGAAGUCAGCAUAUGCCAGCAGCCUGCCAACACCCCCAGGGGAAGGCCACACAGGCAGGGCCUUUGUUCUGUGCUCUCAGGUGAAGGGUGCACAGGAGACCUGGGGAGGCCACUACUGCCUGAACCUUUAAAACCCUGGCCAGGGAAGGACCAGACUGCUUGUGGAGGGACCCAAGUCCCAGAAACUCUCUAAGUCCUUGCUGUUCAUUUUUUCUAUAGACUUCCCUUUGUAAAUUGUUUUUCCUUAAAGCAACAGAAGCAGAAAAUUGGUAUCAAGGACUAUUCCAGAUUCUUGAUAGAAAAUCCAUCAUUUCUGCAGACAUCAUCUUGGGUGAGUGCCAGGCUUAGUCACCCACCAGUCCCAGAGCAGGGUGGGCAGACUCAGGCUGUGUCCUCCCAAUGGAGCAGGGUUGGCAUUGGGCAGCUCUCAUGGUCCUAGCCAUAAACUGGCAUUGCUCACAGGGCUGGUUUUCUGGCGGGUGAAGGAAUGAGGAAAUCCAGGGUCCUCUCUGUGGCACUAGGCAUUUGACCUUUAGGAUGGUAUGGAUAGGACUGAGGGUUUCCCUAGUCUGAGUUCUAGCACAGCCAUAAGGGCAGGACACCCUUGACCUUGGGCUGUACCAGCUCCUGCCAAGCUGGACUCAAGGGAGGGAUGCCGGGGUGGAGAUUUUGGGAAAGUCUCACUGCUUCUCUAUUCCUGUGACCCAUGUUCUCCCAGGAUGAGGGCCUCAAGGCUGAUGGGGGUGCUGUUCACCCUGGCUGGCUUACAGCAGGUGGCUGUGUCUCUGAAAAUCGCAGCUUUCAACAUCCAGACUUUUGGGGAAACCAAGAUGUCCAACGCCACCCUCUCUAAUUACAUUGUGCAGAUUCUGAGUCGUUAUGACAUCGCCCUUGUUCAGGAAGUCAGAGAUACCUACCUGGUGGCUGUAGGGAAGCUGCUGGAUAAACUCAAUCAGGAUGCACCGGACACCUAUCGCUAUGUGGUCAGUGAGCCAUUGGGGCGCAACAGCUACAAGGAACGUUACCUUUUUGUAUACAGGCCUGACCAGGUGACUGCGCUGGACAGCUACUACUAUGACGACGGCUGUGAGCCCUGUGGGAAUGAUACCUUCAGCCGAGAGCCGGCCAUUGUCAAGUUCUCCUCCCCGUUCACACGGGUCAAGGAGUUUGCCAUCGUGCCCCUGCACGCGGCCCCAGCAGAGGCAGUGGCUGAGAUUGAUGCACUCUAUGACGUCUACUUGGAUGUCCGGCAAAAGUGGGGCCUGGAGAAUAUCAUGUUGAUGGGCGAUUUCAAUGCGGGAUGCAGCUACGUGACCUCCUCUGAUUGGUCCUCCAUCCGCCUGCGCACGAGCCCCAUCUUCCAGUGGUUGAUUCCUGACACUGCCGACACCACAGUCUCAUCCACACAUUGCGCCUAUGACAGGAUUGUGGUCGCUGGAACACUGCUCCAGGCUGCUGUUGUUCCUGGCUCAGCUGCUCCUUUUGACUUCCAAGCAGCCUACGGACUGAAGGACUCACUUGCCAAAGCCAUCAGUGACCAUUACCCUGUGGAAGUAACACUCAAGACAGUCUGAUGCCCACCAGCAUCAUGGCCCUUCCUCAAGCAUGGCGCUCUAUCA